AUGAAGUUUCUGCCAGGUGGGAUGUGGUUUUAUGCGUCUGUAGCGAUCUGCUGGUUCCCGACCGAGGUCCAUGCGUCCUGGUGGUACAUGGGCACCCUGGGCUCCCAGGUCAUGUGCGACAACAUCCCUGGCCUGGUGAACAAGCAGCGCCAACUGUGCCGCCAACACCCCAAAGUCAUGCAGGUGAUCGGGGCAGGGAUGAAGGACUGGAUCUCUGAGUGCCAGCACCAGUUCCGCAACCACCGUUGGAACUGUAACACCACGGGUCGGGACCAGAACCUGUUUGGACGUCUGCUCCUACGCAGCAGCCGAGAAGUGGCCUUUGUGUACGCCAUCUCCUCUGCUGGAGUGGUUUAUACAUUGGCGCGAGCCUGCAGCCAUGGUGAGCUGGACACCUGCUCCUGUGAUCCCACGAAAAAGGGUUCAUCAAGGGACACAAAGGGCUCUUUCGACUGGGGAGGCUGCAGCGACCACGUGGAGCAUGCCAUUCACUUCAGCCAAACUUUUGUGGAUGCCAAGGAGAGGGAGGAGAGGGACGCUCGAGCACUUAUGAAUCUGCACAACAACAGAGCUGGCAGGAAGGCGGUGAGGCGCUUUAUGACUCUGGAGUGUAAAUGUCACGGUGUCAGCGGCUCGUGCAGCGUUCGGACCUGCUGGCAAGCCAUGGCUGAUUUCCGACACACAGGUGACCACUUGAGGAGGAAGUACAACGGCGCUGUGCAGGUUGCAGUAAACCAGUACGGCACAGGGUUCACCGCCGCACACAGACAUGUCAAACGACCCAGCAAAAACGACCUGGUCUACCUGGAGGCCUCGCCAGACUACUGCGUACAGGACCAGGACUCAGGGUCCAUGGGGACGGGAGGCAGAGUCUGCAACAGGACGUCCCGCAGCGUGGACGGCUGCGAGCUGAUGUGCUGCGGACGAGGCUACGACACGUCGCGCGUCAGCCGCACCGUCAAGUGUGAAUGCAAGUUCCACUGGUGCUGCGCCGUCCACUGCCGGGACUGCCAGCAGCAGGUGGACCUGCACACCUGCAAGGGUCAGACGUGACCUG